AAACGACCUUGUCAAUCCUAUUGGCGCUGUUACGAUGUUAGUUUGAGCCAAGAUGUUUCCCGUUGGCCAAGGGAAAUAUGAAUGUUUGGUUAAUGAGUAUGACCAUCCACACCCAGAUCCAAAUCUAAGAGGAACUCAGAGUUUUCAGAACAGAAAAGGAGCAUGGGAUCAUAUCCAAAAUUUGGAUCAGUUUUUCUCGGACAUUUACAAAUAUCAUCAGAGUGGGGGGUUCACUGUGAUUCUUUUGGCUCAAAUAUUAUGGCUCGUUAAAUUCAUAUUUGUCAUUUUUAUCACAAUCGAAUUAUCUGUAUGCACAAGAUGGAGUUAUUUAACAAAUAGCAGUAUAUUUGUUCAAAGCUGGACUGAUGUCUUUCAACCACCGAAUCAAUGUUGGGCCUCACUACCAUUUUUUGCGUCACUUCUAGUUGUUGGUUCUGUGAUAACAAUUAUAGUUCAAAUCAUAUUUGUUAGUAUUCGAUUAAGUAGAUUUUGGGAAAUUCGACGGUUUUGUACCUAUAUAUUAAAUAUGCCAUCUAGUGAUGUUGGAUUAGCUGAUUUAACAUGGUCCGAAGUACAACAACGUUUACUUCAAUCACAGUGUGAUUUUCAAUUUUGUGCAUACAAAGUUAAUUUAGAUGAAUUAGAUAUAUAUAAUCGUAUACUUCGGCAUAAAAAUUAUUUAAUUGCAAUGAUUAAUCAAGAUAUUAUUCCUAUCAGAUUUCGUAUACCUUCUAGUUUAAAUCCUCAAAUGGUUUAUUUACCUGAUGGUUAUCUACUCAAUUUGAAACUUAUCUUGUUUUGGACACCAUGGUCACCUUUUCAUAAUUAUUGGCAGUUGAGAGCUGAUUAUAAAUGGGUUACUAAACGUCAUGAAUUAGCUGUUGAACUAGCUACUCGUAUACGUAUUCUUGGAUUGAUCAAUCUUCUUAUGGCUCCUGUAAUCUUCAUUGCUCAAUUAGUAACGUUUAUAUGCGCUCAUGCAGAACGUUUUCGAUAUCAACCAUCUACAUUUUUUGGACGUCGUUGGUCUAAUUAUGCCCGCUUGUAUUUACGACAUUUCAAUGAACUUCAACAUGAAUUUGAAACACGUUUGAAACAAGCAUAUAUUCCAGCUUCUCGAUAUCUUGAUAGUUUUGUAUCACGACCACUUACAGUUUUAGCUGAGUCAGGAGCUUUUAUUUUCGGUGGUGCUUCAGUAGCCUUUUUUAUUGCUGGUCUUAUACGUGAACAAAUGAUCCAUUUGCCUGGAUAUUUAGCUAUACUAGUUGGUGGUGGUUUAUUGGCUAGAUCAUGUCUUUCGUUAAUUCCAGAUGAGAAUAUGGUUUAUUGUCCGCGUAAUUUAUUAGUUUCAACCUUGAUGCGUAUCCAUUACAUGCCAGAUCAUUGGAAAGAACAAGCUAGCACACAUCAAGUGAGGUCGGAAUUUUCACAAUUGUUUCAGUAUCGUAUGGUAGGUCUAUUGGAAGAGUUAUUUUCGCCAAUUAUUACACCUUUAAUUCUUAUUUUUAUUCUUCCUAAUCAUACUCUCGAAGUUGUUGAUUUUCUUCGAAAUUAUACUGUUGAAGUUCCUGGUGUUGGAGAUGUAUGCAGUUUUGCACAGCUGGAUAUACGCCGUCAUGGUGAUCCUAUGUGGCAACCAAAUACAGAAAGUAGCGGUGACGAUCAAAGUGAAACAGAUAAUGAUGAUCAUACAAAUGCAAUUCACUCUUGUUCGAGGAAAACUAUCAGGUCUAGUAAACGGGCAGAAGAGAUAACUCCAGCAUAUAACUCUAAUGAACAGAAUGAAAAUACUGUACAAACUAAUCAUGGUGAUUCAAUUCAACACAGUGCUGCUGGUGGUAAAAUUGAACUUAGUCUUAUGCAUUUCCAUCUUACUAACCCAUCUUGGCGACUUCCACCUGAUGGUUUGGCUUAUCUGAAAUCAAUCAGAAAUCAAGCAUUAUUGGACCUACAACAACAACAGAAGCAUUUAGAGCAAUUCCAAGAUAGUUGCAAAAAUAAUACUCAAACUUCGAAAAUUACUUCACAACCAACCUCGGGAAUGUUCUCAACUCUGUAUGGAACACAAGAAAGUGCAAUGACUAGUAUAUAUCGAAGUACACACCCUCACCUUCCCAAUGCACCAUGUAUUGAAAGUUCAGGUGUCCUGAAAAAUGUUUCUCAUUUACCAGGUUCUGGACUGCUAUCUGAAAAUACCUAUGGUAUUGUAGGAGCUAUGGCUGAAUCUAUGAGAAGUUCAGGAUCUCAGUCAAUGUAUCGUUCCGGUUCCAAUCUCCGUGAACCUCAAGUACCAGAACCUAAUGUAAGAAGGGUUUCUCAUAGUGAUAGUGGUACUAAUACAUUACCAUCAUGUACCAAUUACAACGUUGCAAAGAUUUCUCCAGAAACUAAUGUGGUACCACAGAAACCUAAUUCAGAAAUGAUUAGAUCUCAGCUUGGUCCAGCCGUAUUUAAUUAUUCUAUGCUUGAUGGACCUACACCUAUAACCAUGAGCUUGAUGGCAGCAUCAGCACUGCAUUCUGCUGAUAACAUGGGUCUUCCUUUUUACCAACCUUAUAAUUCGCAGAUCGAGGAUGGUUUAAGCCAGCAUACCGGUUUUAAUAACAGCCUCAUUGGAAGUGUAGGAGGCCGCCGCUGCACAGUAACUGACGUACUAACAGCAGACAUGUCAGUAAGUGCUCUUUAUAUUCACGAGCUUUUCCAUAGAAGACGACAACAACGACAGAAUCACGAUUCAAGUCGGGGCUAUAGUUCACAGCGUUGUAUGACAGGUAGUACUCCUGGUGCCGAUCCCGGAAACAAUCAAACUUUUCCCUCCACACAGUCAUCAAACCCACUAGGUGUAGGUGUUUACUCUACAUCUGGAUACUUACCUAGUUAUCAGUUGCCACAUGUUUCAUUUGCUCCGGCUACAUUUACUAGUAACUCAGCCACUCUACCAGAAUCAAGAAAUACAGUUGAACGUGGUUCUCUUUAUCCCACCUCACCAUCUUGUGAGCCUGGCAUAAUUAGAACGCCUUCAGAUGGACGCAGAAUACCUUCAGCACAUUUUACAGAUGUCACAGAAGAAGAUGAUGAAAAUGUUGGGACGCCUAGAUCGUGUAGAGAUACAAACGUUUCUGCCUAUAUAACAGGAAAUGAGUCACAUAUAAUUCGUUAUCCAAGUGGUCAAAUAACUACAGGGGGUGGUAUCAUUACUCUGUCAGGUAGUCCAUCGGUACGACCUCAGCAUGGUCUGUCAUACCAAAAUAUACAACAAACAAGUGAUCCAAGUUUGGGUUCAGUUCCUAAUAUUGACAGUGAUCCAGUAUGGCCUGAUUUGCCUCCAACUAAUUGUUAAUCUUAUUAUUAUACACACAAGUCGGUGUUUGGGUGUUCAACUGUGUAAAGUGGUAAAUGGAUAUAGUUUUAACUUUAUCUCACCUACCCAAUCACUAAUAGUAAGAAUAACAACGAAGUGAGUCACCAUUAAUUUAUUUCAAAUAAGUUUUUAAACACUCAGUAACACAUGCAUCCAUUCAUAUUUCUUUACUUUCUAUUUGCUUAAUUACCCUAGCUAAGGUGUAUUUUAACCUAUCCAAACUACCAAAUUAAAAUUACAUCCACAUUAGAUUGAACAUAUUUUUGCUAAAUCCCUUAAACUUGCUUUAUUAAUUAUGUUAACAUCACUUCACUUCCUUUUUUGAUGCAGCUAUAUAUAUGAGGUGGCUUUCGGUAACGCAAUAAUAGUUUAAAUGUUGUUAAUUGUUUUUAUUUGUAAUCCCUAUGCAAUUUGUUAAACUCUUGUAAAUAGGUUUAUAUUUUACCAAAAACGGAAACUCCCAUAGUGUUUUGUUUUCGUAUAUUUUUGAUUAUUUAAUGGUCCGUCAUUUUUCCUAAUCUAAAUUAAUAAAUUACAACCCAGCACAACAAGUGUAUUGGUUCAUUUCGACAUAUUUUCAAAAAAAACUGCAAAAUUAAUUAUGAGAAACUGAUCUGUUAGUUUUAUGAUUUACAGCUAGAUAAAUAGUGAAUCCCUAUAAUGAUGUCAGUCUCAAAUCAUCCGCUUCUAUCGUCGUACGAAUCUCUAUGGGUACUUUUUUCAGUUUAUUAUGUUAAAGAAAAUAUGCAACCACGUUAUGAGUUGUAUAACGGCUAAGUCAAACUUUUGGAUUUUCUCAUAGUUUACAACUGUUGAAACAAGCACUAGGCUUCUACGCAAGAGGUAUGCUUAUGUGUAACAUAUUUUAAAUAUCUCAUUUCAUUUAAUGACCUACUAAAUUACAUAAAAACUACUUUUCACCGAAUUAUCUUGACUCAGAUAUAUCAAUUGGAAAGCCUCGUUAAUUAUAAGUAUAACUAGUUUUUCUGUCGCAAUGAAUCUCUGCAUUAAUACGAAAAAUGCAUGUUAUUUUCAUUUGUUUUCACGUAGCCAUCUCGCUCAGCUAAAAUUAACAUGUUAAUAACAUAAAUGGUAAACUCAGUUGACAAUUUUCUUCUUAGUAUGUGCUUGUUCAUGUUUUAUUCGCUACCAGAAGUAAUAUCCAUUAAGCUUCUAAAAAUAUAUUCUAAAGGAUUGCCUCAUUAUUGAGAAACUGUUUUACAAGUACUACUGGCCUUAGUUUUUCGAUGUAAAAUCACCAUAUUUCCCUAUAUUUUAGGGAGAUAUACCUGCACUCUAAAUUAUUGUCCAGUUAUGUAGCCAAGCUAUUCAAAGAAAUUUAAAUAUUUCUCCCGUAAACCAUCAGGGUACAGUGAAUAAGACAAUAUAUAGGCUUAGCACUUCGAGCUAUUAUGCAUGUGUUAGUACACUUCGCAACAUUAAAAAAGCAAUGACUCAGCAACUGUAACACACUUCACGACCACUUGAGUUAUAGAAAGCUCUGAACAUCAAGCGAUCUACUCUUAUUGUACAAAAACUGCAUGUCGUCUCGAAAUGAGUAGUUCCACUACACGCGAAGGUAUUUUAAAUACAUGUGUGCUCAAGUGUUUGUGUUUUUCAUCCAUCCUCAACAAGCAUGUUUUAAACAAUCCGAUUUUAAUGUUGAAAAUGAAUAAUUACGAAAAAACUGGAUCAUGUCAUCUCAAAAUAAAUGUUCAACCAGUAAGUUAGAAUGAUAAAACCACGUCUCGCAAGUAUAGGAUGUAUGUCGGAUUAUUUCUCACGACGCGCUAACCCCUAUGUUGUCUUAACUUUUUUGUAUAACAGAUAAUUAUUCUAACUAAAAGAUCUAAAUCCUCGAAACUGAAAGCAAACAUACCCGCCUCUGACAGGAUUAUCUAAACGAAUUAUAACAAUGAACUUAUUUAUUGCUACUACUCAUUGUCGUUAGCUCAGAUUUUAGCAUUAUAUUGAUGUGUGAUGGUGAAGGUAACAUAUGAUUGGUCGUUGAACGUGGACAAACAGCUAUAACCUACGGACUAUUAAAUAUGUGAUUUUUCUUCUGAUCGUUGGUUUCUAUUCUGGACUCACUGUAUGUGACUGAUUGUAAUUGUAUUGAAUAAAGUAUUCUCUGGUGUUAAUCUGGUUCUCUGUUUAGGUCGCGAGUCCUGGUUCUGAUAUAACGUGAUUAGUCUUAUUAACGUAUUGUCGUAAUAUACGUACG